CCUCGCAGGAGGAGUAAAUAGAGCUUUUGCACGCUUGUGAGCGACUCUCAAGAAUCACAGCGUCUCCGCACACCGGUACCGGCACGUCUGCACCGGCACAGCACAGCCCCGAACCUGUGGAGCAGCCAGGACGGCUUGUUUGCAACAUUCCGAUUGUCCAAUACGGCUGAUAUAUGAGUGGUCGCCGUGUUUGUCACGCCAUCGUCGUGCCCUCCUUCUCGCCCACUCACGGAGAGUGACAGCCAGAUUCAUCUUAACUUGCUGCUACGAAACCCCCUGGGAGGUCUAAGCAACCUCAAAAGGCCUCUGGUGUGAGGUUGGUCCAUGGGAAGCCAAACGAUGAAGACAUGUUUUGUGCUUCUGGCAGCACUGCUGUUGCCCACAAUCCAACCAUUGUGUCCUGACAAAGAGCCAGGACUAAAGCCAUGGAUGCCUGGACAUAGUGAACAUCAUCGUGUAGUCAUCGGUUACGGCAGGAAGGUACUCCUCACGACUUCCGCUACCGUCCACUCCAUUGAGAUAAAAAACGGAGGAAAGCUGGUGAUUGCUGACACCAACCGGCCCAUUCUUCUUCGGACAAAACACAUUCUUAUUGGGAACAAAGGAGAACUGCACAUUGGAAGUCCAGAAUGUCCUUUCAAGGGCAACCUGACCAUUUCUCUGUUUGGAAGGUUAGACGACAGUGAUCAGGAGCACAGCUACUUUGGCCGCAAAUACAUUGGCGUGGGUACCGGUGGGACUUUGGAGAUCCACGGGGCGAAGAAGCUGUCGUGGACCUUCCUCAACAAAACCCUCCACCCUGGAGAAAGCAAGCAGAAUAAGUACCUGUUCGAGAGGAGCUGGGGAAACCGAGGCAUUAUCGUCCAUGUCAUUGAACCCAAGACCGGAGAGGUACUGAGAAAUGACAGGUUUGACACAUACCGCAGCAAGGAGGAGAGCCAUCGGCUUGCAAAGUAUGUCAAUGAUGUGGAGGUGGGCCUUAUAGUUGCCAUGGUGGUCAGUGAUGAGGGCUCGAACAACUUGGAGGACUCCGCCAAAAAGAGCAUCUCCAGACUUGGCAGCCAGCAUGUCGUCACUUUAGGAUUUAGACAUCCAUGGUCUUUUAUAGUCGUGAAAGGAAACCCGUCGUCUGCUGUAGAAGAUCAUGCUGUCUAUCAAGGCACCAAAGCCUCCUCAGAGGCGCGAAGUUCUCAUCUUUUUCAAAUAAGCGAUGCAGAGCAUUUCACCAUAACGGCCAGCAGCCAGUGGAUUCAAGAGGCUGAGUGGACAGAAUGGUUUGACAGGGAUGAUGAGAGGGGUUCUGGUGACUGGGAGAAGCUAACGGAUCUGCGUGAAGCCAAUCCGGAUCGAUUGUGUAACAAUCCACUGGACAUUCAGGCGGAAACCCACGACGGCAUACCUUCUAACCAGACAGGGGAUGUGAUCCACAAAAAUGAUAAGGGUUAUGGUUUUGUCUGCCGCAAUAAGGACCAAACUCAUGGCCUAUGCCACAACUACAGAGUUCGCUUCCUGUGUGGAAAACUGGUUCGUCCUCAGGCAUCCAUUUCCAUUGACAUGACGUCCAACAGCACAAUUCUGGAGCUUGCUGACCAACCAAUAGGCUGGCUACCUGGAGAUCAGGUGGUGGUGGCCAGUACUGACUACACCAUGCAUCAGACGGAGGAGUUUCAUCUACUCUCUUGCCCUGCUUGCACACCCAACCAAGUUAAAGUUCAAGGUAAAGCUGCGUUUAUUCACAUGGGUGAAGAUGUGGACGGUGUCGACAUGAGAGCGGAGGUUGGCCUGUUAAGUCGUAACAUCCUACUCCGUGGUGAGAUGGAGCCCAGUUGUUAUGGCAACGAAGCCUGCAAGUUCUUUGAUUUUGACACCUUUGGAGGACACAUUAAGGUAGAGCGAGGGUUCAAGGCUACUCAUAUAUCUGGCUUGGAGAUGCAGCACAUGGGUCAACAAACGAUGGGACAUUAUCCCGUCCACUUUCAUAUGGACGGUGACGUGGACCAGAAGGGAGGCUACGACCCCCCCACCUAUGUCAGUGACCUGUCAAUCCACCACUCUUUUUCUCGUUGUGUCACCAUUCAUGCCUCCAAUGGACUUAUGGUCAAAGACGUGGUGGGCUAUGACGCGCUCGGCCAUUGUUUCUUUACCGAGGACGGUCCAGAGGAGAGAAACACGUUCUAUCACUGUCUGGGCCUCAUGGUACGAGCAGGAACUCUACUGCCUUCCGACAGAGACAGUAAAAUGUGCCGCGGCAUCACUGACGGAGCCUACCCAGGAUACGUAGCCAACCCUCGGCAGGACUGCAGCGCAACUUCAACUUUCUGGAUUGCCAACCCCAAUAACAACCUCAUCAACUGUGCCGCUGCAGGCUCCGAGGAAACCGGUUUCUGGUUUAUCUUCCACCACGUACCCACAGGACCCUCGGAAGGGCUAUACUCGCCAGGGAAAACAGAACAUACACCUAUGGGCCAGUUCACCAAUAACAGAGCCCAUUCCAACUACAGGGCUGGAUUUAUUCUGGAUAAUGGAGUCAAGACAACUCAGGCGAAUGACAAGGACAAGAGACCCUUCCUUUCGCUGAUUGGAUCCAGGUAUGGCCCCCACCAGGAUGCUGACCCUUUCAAACCCAGAGUUCCUGCUCUCAUUAACCAUUUCGUAGCCUACAAGAACCAGGAUCAUGGUGCAUGGCUUAGAGGAGGGGAUGUCUGGCUUGACGACUGCCAAUUUGCAGAUAACGGCAUUGGUCUCACCCUGGCAAGUGGAGGGACAUUUCCGGAUGAUGACGGCUCUCGUCAGCAAGUGAGAAAUUCUGUGUUUGUUGGUGAAAGUGACAAUCACGGGAUGCAGCUCUCUGACAACAGCGUGUGGGGCCCAGGCGGCGCUGACCUCACUGGCAGGACUCUCCCGCGGGGCAUUGAUUUCCCAAUCCGGGGCAUGCAGAUCUACGAUGGACCCAUCAAUGUGCAAAACUGUACGUUUCGUAAAUACACCGCUCUGGAGGGACGGCACAGUAGUGCUUUUGGUUUUCGACUCAACAACUCGUGGCAGAGUUGCCCCAACAAUAAUGUGACAGACAUCACCUUCGACCACGUACCUAUAACCUCCCGUGUGUUUUUUGGGGAGCCUGGUCCGUGGUUUAAUAGGAUGCAGAUGGACGGAGACAAGACCACCAUUUUCCACGAUAUUGACGGCUCAGUUAGUGAGUAUCCUGGUGCUUACCUGGUGAAGCAAGACAACUGGCUGGUCCGCCAUCCCGACUGCAUUGAUGUGCCUGAUUGGAGGGCUGCCAUCUGCAGUGGCCACUAUGCGCAGAUCUACGUCCAGACACGUAACCCUGCCAACCUGAACAUGCACAUAGUGAGAGACGAGUACCCCGAUCGUCCCCUGACCUUAGAGGGCGCUCUGGGAAAGCGAAAACACUACCAGCAGUUUCAGCCAGUGAUCACCUUGGCAAAAGGCUACACCAUCCACUGGGACCAAGCUGCACCUGCUGAGGUCACCAUCUGGAUCAUCAACUUCAACAAAAAAGACUGGAUCGAUGUAGGCAUCUGCUACCCCCAAGGGACCACCUUUGUCAUCAUCUCUGACAUCCACAAUCGCCUAACUAAACAGACGCGCAAGACCGGAGUCUUCAUGAGGACCAUGCAGAGGGAGAAGAUCAACCAGUCACACCUGACCCGAGGCUAUUACUACUGGGAGGAAGAAUCCGGGCUGCUCUUCCUGAAAGUGCAGGCUCAUAAUGACAGGGAUCAGUUUGCCUUCUGCUCCCUCAAGGGAUGUGAGAGGGUGAAGAUCACGGCCGUCAUCCCCAAAGGAAGUCCACCCAGCAACUGCAUGGCUCGGGCCUAUCCAAGACACGCCGAGCUGCCUGUUGUGGAUGUUCCGAUGCCCAGGAAGAUCCCCAAUGACAAACUGCACUCAGCAGAGCACUUACUGGAGGUUAAAAUGGAGUCCUAUAAUACUCGCUUCUUUCACAUCAAGGAGGACUUUGCUUUUACUGAGGUCAAUGGGAGGAAGUUGUACCAAGCAGAAGAUGGUGUGCAGCUGACGGUCAUUGAUGGGAUUCAUGGGAAGGUGGUAGAGAGCAAGGCCUUCAGGAACACGAUCCUCCAGGGUGUCCCUGCCCAACUAGACAACUACAUCAGUGGACUGAAAGAUGGUUCAAUUGUUCUCAUGACGUCGAAAGGCCGUCUAGUGACAAAAGGACCGUGGACCAAAGUGCUGGAGCGACUUGGAGCCUCCGCAAACAUCAAACUGAAAGAUAAGUUGACUUUUGUUGGGUUCAAGGGCUCCUUUCGCCCUGACUGGGUUCGAAUGGAAGUGGACCCCAACAGCGCCAAGAUCCACCAGGUCCUUCCCAUCCCUGUGGUCCACAAGAUGAAGCUAUGAGUGGCAAAAAGAACUACAAAGAGACUAUGUUGGCCCUAUAUACCCAUAAAAAAUACACGCAUAUAAUACACUCAUGUAGUCAGCACUGCAGACUGAGCUGCUUCACCACCUGGUGUGUUUUGAGUUUGGAUGUGUUGGGAAUGAAGAACAAUGUCCACCAUGAUUCCACACUUGUGUAAAAAUGAGGACACGCCAUUGCGUUCAAAUGUUGUCACAAGACUCAGACUCUUGGGUUGUGCCAAAAUGUGUUUUGCUUGAUGGCGGCUAUGUUUUUUAACCAAUCUUGCUUACAUUGCACACAUGCUAGUCAGUCCCUUAAAACUGUGUACAAAGUUUCCUGAUGAUUUGGCAAGGUGCCCUCAAGUUACAGUCGAGCACAUAUGUCAGGUCAAGUGGUCAAAUUUGUCAAUGGGUGUAUUUGUCCAACAAAUAAUAGCAUAGGCAACAUAUUAGAGGGGGAUGUUUUGACUAAUUUUCACUCUUUUGUGUGCAUGGGUUCAUGAGAGGAAUAGUUAUGAGUUAUGUUUUCACAUAAUGGUACCUAGACCCUCAUCGGUAGACAGCAUGAAAGGGACAAUGUACCUUUUCGUAUCUGCAAAAGAAUCAAGGCUGGUUCGACGCUUAUGUUUUAUCGCUAGCACAGUAGUUGUUAUAUAUGUUAGCUUUGUAUGGCAAACGGAACAUGUUAGGCAGGUAAAUUUUUUCGUGAAAAUUAUGUUUUCUGUUCAAGGCCUUGAGUCAUGUGAAAGUAGAAUUAGAAACUAGAUUGUGAAAGAAGUUGUUGACUGUUAGAGGUCUCACCCCACUCUAUUUUAAUGACGAUAUUUCCGCAUCACAGAAGAGUGAAACAAUUCUUGCUUAGGGGUAACCUCACCAUAGAAGAUCCAACAAUUGUACUGCCUAUUUAGUAGUGGCUCACACAAAAUAGACAAAAUAUUUGUAAUACCCAAAAGUUCGUCACUGGCCCACCAACGUCUCACUCCACUGUAUCUUAACAACUGUUGUUCUGCAUCACAAAAGAGUGAAACCAGCCUUGGUUGGGGGUGACUUUACCUUCGAAGAUAAAUACUUUGAUCCAAUACCAUCUUCUCAGAUCUGUCCUUUCUAGUCUUUGAGCAUUAACCGAUAAAGACUGAUUGAUUGAUUCAAUACCCUAAGAAUCCCUAAAAUUAGGUUAUGCCUGCAUGCUUUAUAAUUCAAAAGCAUUUAUGCAGGGCUUGUUUGCUGUUAUUUUUAUCACAUACUCUAUCGUGGAACUUUUGAUGUCAGACACAAUCUCUGACCCAAUUUUUUUUUUUUAAGACAAUUAUUUUAUACAGUGGGGAUAAUCGUACUUGAGCAUGAUUCCCUGCUGAUUUUGUAAUUGUGUCCCCUUACAAAGUACAGUAGAGUACAUCAUGUUUACAGUGAAUUGAUUUUAAAGUUCAAAAAUGAUUACGGUAUAUU